CUGAACAGCGAGGCAGCAACGGUGAACAUGGCGGACAAACGGCAGCUCGGCGGCGCUGUAACCGCUGAAUCAGAACCAGAAGCCAAGAGGACGAAAACUGAGAGUGAGAAUAGACGAGAAGAUGGAGAGGACUUUGACCGUGAACAUGUCCUGUCUGGGUUUAAAACCUCAAGUGUGUUGAGUGAUUCGGCCCGAGAGAAAAGCAUCUUUAUCCACGGAAAGGUUGCAGAUCAGGAUGCUGUGGUUAUCUUGGAGAAGACUCCGAUCAGAGAAGACGCUCUGGCUGAGCUCUUUAGUGGAUCCACACUCAAACUGGAGAUGAGAAACGACAUCUACAGCACGUAUCGGCUCCAGGCUCCCCCUCACCUUAAUGAGAUUAAGACCACAGUGGUGUGUCCAGCCACGGAGAAACAUGUAAAGAAAUACCAGCGUAAGGAAAGCUUCCUGGUCGAGGAAACCGAGGAAGACUAUAAGAACAUCACUCUGCCCUACAUUCAGAAGCAGAGUUUUAGUGUGCAGUGGGUUUACAACAUCCUAGAGAAGAAGGCGGAGGCUGAACGGAUAGUUUAUGAAGAUCCAGAUCCCGACGCUGGCUUUGUCCUCCUCCCAGAUUUCAAGUGGGACCAAAACCAGGUGGAUGAUUUGUACCUCAUUGCAAUAGUACAUCAGAGUAACAUCAAGAGUCUUCGAGAUCUGACAUCAGAGCAUAUCCUGCUGCUGCAGAACAUCUUCCAGAAAGGAAAGGAGGCCAUUUUCCAGCGCUACAAUCUUCCAGCCACUAAGCUGAGAGUCUACCUGCACUACCAGCCCUCUUAUUACCACCUACACGUCCACUUCACCAACCUGGGCUACAAGGUGCCGGGCUGUGGCGUGGAGCGGGCACAUCUCAUCACAGACGUCAUCCAGAACCUCCAGUCAGACCCCCACUAUUACAAAACCCGGACACUGUACUUCCCCCUGACGGCAGAUGAUGGACUGCUCAGCAAGUUCAAGGAGGCAGGGAGGCUGUAAUGGACUGUAAACUUUCAACACCAUCCACUGCUUCUCGCUUUCCAUCCAAACUGUGAGCUUUACAGUGCACCUGCCCGUACCCAUCUUCAAAUUGACUUUCUACAAAUAUUGUGUCUAUAAACAAGAUUGGAGUUUAAUGGCAAUUCACAGCUCUGUUCAGAACAACAAUAUUAUUGAUCUGGAUGGUCUGUUCCCAUCUUAUCUGUUUUGCUGGCAGCUUUUGUUCUUUUUUAAACAGUUUUGGAAAAGUAAUUUUUAUAUGUCUAAUAUGCUUUUGUAGCCACGUUAGAAAUUAUUAUUACUCUUUUCACGAAAAGAAACAACAGUUUAUAAGGAAUUUUUUAAUCAGUCUGAUUUUAGUGUGUGUUUGUACUUUUUGACAGAAUAUUGCCAACUAAAUUAAAGUCAUUUAUUUCUGACUCUUAA